UGUGAAAUAAUAUGGCAGAUGUACUAAGUGAGGAACAGAUUGUUGAGUUUAAAGAAGCUUUUUGUCUUUUUGACAAGGAUGGAGAUGGUACUACCACAAAAUAUGCCUCCAAAAAUGACAUCACAACGAAAGAUGAUAGUAAGAGAAGACUCUUCCGAAGAUCUAGAAACAACCACAACCCAUAUAAGCUCCACUAAGAGAAAGAGGUCACUUAGGAAAAAAACAUUUGACACAGAGCAAUUAACAGCACUCAUUAGCUUUUAUCAUACAUUGGCAAAAACACCCACUCAAACUUCAUCUACUCCAAUGUUAGAUUCACCACCAGCCAAUACUAGGGGAUCUCACAAAAGGGUGCUUGGGAAAACACAUAAAACUCCUAUAGAAGAUAAUCAUGGGUCAUUAAUGGCAACACGAAAGUCACCUCGCCUACAAUCAUUAGGGGCACAAGAUCUUGGAAGCUCAUCAAAAUCUAUUGCUGAUAACUGUGUUGUUGACCACAUAGAAGAACGUACAAAAAAGAGAACAAUAGGUCCAACUAAAAUGAAGUCUAUUGCAACUGAUAGUGAUGGUCGUUUGGAAGUGAAGUUUAAUUCCAAAGGACAACCAAUUGGUACAACAUCAAUAAAAUUGUCUUCUUUUUUAGGAGCACUUGUGAGAGAAAUUGUGCCAAUAACAAUAACUGAUUGGAGGAAGAUCACUCCAGGAAUGAAAGAAGUUUUAUGGAAAUCUAUACAGGCAAGAUAUAAGGUUGACAAAGAAUGGAAAAAGUACUAUGUCUUUAGAACAAUGGCAGAUCUUUGGAGAGCUUCGAAAUCAAGAUUGGUUUCUAAACUUAGGAAGGCACCCAAUGAAGAAGCAAGAAUGAACUUGAAACCUGAUAACAUCAACUCAGAAAUUGAGUGGAAAAGUUAUGUUAGAGAAAAAACUAGUGCUGAGUUUAAGGCCAAAAGUGAGAAAUUCAUAAAGAUACGGACAAAGCAAUUGCCUCACACUUGUAGCCGUAAAGGAUAUGCACGCUUGACUGAAGAAUUGGUUAAUAAUAGCGGAAGCAAAGAAGCACCUUCUAGAGUUGAUGUUUGGACUAAGGCACAUAAGAAGAAAAAUGGUCAACCUGUAAAUUCAGAAGUGGCUGAAGCUUUUGAUUUAGUGGAAGAAUAUAAAAAAGAUCUAACUAUUUCUUCAACUACAAGUGUUAAUGAUGACAUUCUAACAAAGGUGCUUGGCCCUGAAAAGAAUACAUAUUUGAGGGCUUUUGGAAGAGGAGUUACUCGGUCAAAGUUGGCAAUUGUUUCUGAACAAGAUGAUCACAUGAUUCAAAUAAAAGAUCAAUGUAAUGACUUGAAGGAUAGAAUGCCACACAUGGAGCAACUAAUUCAAUCUUUACUAAGAAAUCAGAAUGAACUUGUUCAAAGUGGGGAGCAAUCAAAUGCCCAUGUUCCAUCAUCUCCUGUGAGUGUAAGGGAUAACAUUUAUGGCCAAAAAUGCAAAAUAUUGGAUUGGACUGGAUCUGGAGAUAUUAUUGCAGAUGGAUACUUCAUUUCAAGUGACCCAAAAGAUGAGGUCCAUCAUGUUCCUCUUGGUCCAAAUGCCAUGAAAGUGGGAAUAGAUUUUGCAAGGAAACCCAAUGCAUUUCUUUGGAGGCCUACAUCUAACAUUUGCCAUAUGGAAGAUGCUAUUGGUAGUAUAAUUGCUUGGCCAACUGAAAAAGUGGUGGUGAUUCAUAGUGGUGGGUGCGAUUAUCAACCAGUGGCUUGA